CGUGAGCGUAGUCAUGUCGUCAGCCAAUUCCGAGCCUCGUUCUACUUACAGCACUAGCCCGCGUCGAGAUUAGCCCCACAGGCCACCUACUGUUUUCUUCUCACCCCACGCGUCCAUUUCAUAUCCCACAAACACAAAGAUGCUCGAGAUAGCUUGCUUCAAUGCUACUUCUGCCAUCGCAGCAGCGCAAGCCGGGGCUGAUCGCAUCGAGCUCUGUGCCGACUACGCAGCUGGUGGGGUAACGCCUUCCCUCUCCACGCUACAAGAUGUACGGAAGGAAGUCACGAUCCCGAUCAAUGUUAUGAUCCGGCCACGAAAAGGCGACUUCAACUACUCCGACGAAGAGUUUGAGCUCAUGAAGAAAGAGAUGGACAUGCUUAAGCCUGUUGCCAGCGGCUUCGUUUUUGGCAUCUUGGACGCCAAUCAACGUAUAGACGAGGCUCGUAACCGCGAGCUGGUCGAGAUUGCUGCUCCGCUUCCUUGCACGUUCCAUCGCGCGAUCGACGAAACAGUCGAUUUAGAGAAAGCCGUAGAGACCGUUGAGAAGUGCGGUUUCAAGAGCAUCUUGACAAGUGGCGGAGAGAAGACCGCGAAAGAAGGGACUGGUGUUCUCCAUUACUUGCAAGGAGUGUGCCGUCCGAAGGUCGCAUUGAUUGCUGGCGGUGGGGUCAGAAGCAACAAUGUUGAGGCUCUCAAGACUAGAACCAAGAUAGGAUGGUUCCACUCCGCAGCCAUCACAACGCCUGGAGAAGAUGUGGACACUGAGGAAGUGAGAACGAUGCAGGAAGUGUUGUCGAAAUUCACAUGAGAAAAAGAGAAGACGUGGAUAUCAAGGGUACGAUAUUAUUCAUUAAGCGUGGCGCAUCAAUGCUGGACUGCUACAAGAUGUAUACGACAUGCAUGUGCUAAGGAUCCAGCGGGUAUCAUCCAUUCGGGAUUGCCUCGAAUACAACUCCUGACGCUACUCUACUCAA